AUGCUUCGCUCAGAGGAUGCAGCGUGUUCUUCAAACCCAAAAUACGGACAUCAGAGGUAUGUGGGAGGAGAGAUUAGUGCCUUUGAUUAUGUGGACAAAAGUAAGGUUAACAUGGGUGACUUGGGUAGAUUCUGUGAGGAGUUGGGUUAUGGUGGAGUCAAAAAGUUUUACAGGUUUGACUCCUUCAAAAAGUUCAGGGAGAUAACCAUGGAAACAGAUUUGUUAUUGGCUAUUGAUAGGCAUAAGAAGAGAGAAAUCCAUAUAUGGUUAGUUGCUGAGAAAACAGGAAAUAUGAGUGUAGGUGAUGGGGGUGUUUCUGUAGGUGAUGGAGGUGUUGUUGUAGGUGAUGGGGGUGUUCCUGUAGGUGAUGGUGAAAGGAGUGUGCCUGCAGGUGAUGGAGAUAUGAGUGUGCUUGAGGAUGAGGGUGACCAAUCUGUGGAUGAGGACUUUUGUGCAAGUAGGGACACUGACAGUGGUUUUGAUGAUAUCCUUUUUGAAGAAUAUGUUGAGGCAGAAGAGUGUGUGGAGGGGCCUAAACAGAAAGAGAACCAACAUGAGAUGACUUGUAAGUUUUGCCAUCAAAAGGGGCAUAAUCAAAGAACCUGUGAGUGGAAGAAGCUGGCUGAAAGUGGACUUCAAGAUGGUGCCUUUGACAUGGAAGCUGAAGCUGAAGCUGAGGAGUUGACUCAAGGAGAUGAGUUCCCACCUGCAAGUCAGCCUCAAUCCCAGCCUCAAUCCCAAAUGAGUGCAACAACAUCAAAGGGAGCAAGAAAAGGCACUAAAGAGGCUGCUUCUUCAAGUAAUCCAAUGCCAUAA